AAGCCAUGACAUCGACGACAAUUCAACAUAAAAAACCCCCAUCCAUCCAGCAUGGGCUUUCUCUUGAUUCUGUCCUUAGGAAAGUAUCUCACCCACUCUUCUCCAUUUGGUUAUCCCUUUACCGCCAGAAACCCCCCCCAGCCCACAAAGCACAAGAACCAAAAUGGCCGUGUCUAUCAAAGACUACAACAACGCGCUGGCGGAGAUCAAAGAGCUAGAGCUGGAGCGCUCGACCUCCGAAAAGGAGAAGCUGGCCGAGAAGAAACUGCGACCGGUGUUUGAAGAAGUCCUGAAGAAGAAAAACCCAGAUAAUGCUGUAUACUCCUUGGGCGAAAUCCAGGAAUGGAUUCUCUACUUUUACGGUGCUGAUAAAGACUCGAACGGGUAUGUUUCUGCAAAGGAACUCGCCGACAUCUGCCAGGACGAGAACCAGAAGCAAGUGGCGGAGUUUUUCAAGUUCUCGGACAUCAAUUCGGACGCCAAGAUCUCUUUCUCGGAGUGGGUGAUCAUGGGCUUCAUUUGCGCUGAACAGGAGAGUGAGUAUGGGCGGGCAAAGAAAGCCUGAGUUGAUUGUCAGAAUCGGUUCAUGUGGUCUGGAUCUGAUUGAUGAUGGGUCCAGCCAGAUUGUGGUUCUGUAGGACGGAUUGAAUUCAAAUGAACU